AUGGCCGGGGCCGUGAGCUCUGAGGAUGGCCGCACCUGCUGCCUCGCCUGUUCGUCGGCCGCGCCCCCUGCUAGCCGUCCGCAGAUGCAGGACAGAAUGAGACGGCAGGGGCAAUACGGUGAAGCAGAUAUCAACUCUAUGGUUGCUGCCCAGUUGCAUCACUACCAGGCACAGCAAAGGGUACAGCAACACCCUGAGAAUAGCUACAGUGGAAGAGACCCUGCGCAAGCUUCUGGGGAGCAUCACUACACUCCCCCGAAGGUGAGACAGAGUCAAUGGGAUCGAGGUGGACCAAACGUCCCAAGCCAGGUUCCGUCAUAUGCAUAUAACGAAGCCCAAGGUGCUGGACGUGCACAAUCCUUUUACGAUGGCAAGAGAUCUGAUUCAAAGGUUGGUCUAGAAAAGCAGCCCAGCAAGGAAUCUAGGGACCAACCUCAUACUGACCGGAUUGAAACAAGAUACGAGAAUUAUAAUCUUCCUCGGACAUUUGAAGGUCUUGAACAAAGUUUUCACGAAGACAUUAUUUUGCUAUCCAAGGAACUACAGGAUGCAGAGGAUGCUGAAAAUUCUAGGCACAUGGAGAGAUUGAAGGAGAUAAAUACACAAUACCAGGAGAAACUAUUAGCACUUCGAGCUCGUCAAGCGAACUAUAGAGAUGAGUUCCUGCAUAAGGAAUCUCUAGCACGCCAGCAACAAUACCAGCACGCCAGCAUGAGCCAUUAUGCCAAUAAUUCCACGGCUGGGGAACAGCAUGGUUAUCACCCAACAGCAUUGCCUGGGGAGCAGCACGGUUAUAAUCCUACAUCAGCAGGCACACCUCCUGUUGCUGCUGGAGGUGCUUACGGAGAGGCUCAUCGGGGUUAUGCAUCUGGCCAGUAUGAAUCCUUUAGCGAUCGUCCAGAUUAUCCAGAGUUCCAUGGUGGGGGCAGAGGUCGUGGUCGUGGUUCUGAACACCGUGGUCAAUACCCUGGUGCUCGUGCUUAUAACUCUGGUGGCCGGCAAUUCUAG